AAUGAAGCUGUUAGUUGUUGCUGUAGCCUGCUUGGUGGCGCUGGUGGCUGCGGAGGAGCCGAUUGUUCUCCACUACCAUGAGAACAUCGGUAUCCAACGCGCGGAGCAGAUCAGACAGGCUGAGUUGGCCGCUGACUUCGAUGGCAGCAGAAUCACGGGAGGAUCAACUGCCGCUCUUGGCGCUUACCCUUACAUGGGCGGUUUGGUCAUCACCCUAACAACAGGUGGCACCUCCGUCUGCGGCUCCUCUCUGCUGUCCAACACCCGGCUGGUAACCGCCGCCCACUGCUGGUGGGAUGGCCGCAACCGGGCGAGACAGUUCACCGUCGUGCUCGGCUCCAUCCGGCUCUUCUCCGGCGGCACCCGCCUUAACACCAACAACGUGCAGAUGCACGGAAGCUGGAACCCCAACAACGCUAACAAUGACGUCGCCAUUAUCGUCAUCCCCUGGGUCAACUACAGCAACACCAUUCGUAACAUCGGCCUGGCGUCGGGCAGCAAUGACUUCGCUGGCACAUGGGCGUGGGCCGCUGGCUUCGGCGCUACUGGCGACGGUCAUAAUAUUGGUAGCAACCAGGCGCUCUCGCACGCUCGCCUGCAGGUCAUCACCAACGCAGUCUGCAGAAACACAUUCGGAUCUUCCAUCGUUGUUGCCUCCACCAUUUGUGUGAGCGGCGCCAACCGCGUCAGCACCUGCGGCGGAGACUCCGGCGGCCCACUCGUCGCCAACAACGUGCUUAUUGGAAUCACCUCGUUCGGUUCCCCGCGCGGCUGCCAACAGAACCUGCCCGCCGGCUUCGCUCGCGUCACCUCCUUCAACGCCUGGAUCCGCGCGCGCAUUUGAACACCGCUGACACUCGACCACAACAUUCUCAAUAAAUGAUAGUUUCCUAAAAUA